GCAUGCGUGAAAUUCUAUGUUGCCUUGUCAACGCUGGUCAAUCAAGAAUCUUUUUCCAAUCUAGAAUCCUACAUAUUUCUUCCGUCACACUCGCAAAAUAAGAAUCAAGAUGCCAGGAGUAGGUGAUGACGUACCUAUGUACUGCUCACAGCAGAUAAACAUUCCCCCUGACCUACCUGAUAUCAUGAAGCAGUUCACCAAGUCUGCCAUCAGGACCCAGCCGGCUGAUGUCCUUCAGUGGUCAGCAGCAUAUUUUCAUGCCCUUGCCAAUGGGGAGACACCCCCAGUGAAGGAAAGGCUUGAGAUGCCCAUGGCCACACAGAAAACAGACACUGGACUAACACCAGGAAUCCUCUCAGUGCUUAACAGACAGCUUGGUCCUAAGAAGAAAAUCUCACUGGAAGAACUUGAACAGAAAUGGAAGGAUAACUGUCUCCCUAAGGAGAGAAUGUUCAGCUUGAUUCAGAUUGGUAGCUUCGGGGAUGAGAUCGAAUGGCCAAAGUUCUUUGCCCUUGCCUGCUCAGCUCUCGCAGGGAACAUCACCUCUGCUAUGAAGGUCAUCUGUGAGAUUUUGACCAAGGACCCAGAGGGCGGUGCAGCGAGGAUACCCUUUGACCUCUUCAAGGAGCUCUAUACGUACCUGGCUCAGAUUGACGGAGAGAUCUCGGAAGAGCAGAUAGAGGGCGUCUUCACCUACCUGCAAUACCAUGUUGACAAACAGAAUGGCGCAGUGCAACCAAGGAACUUCCUCCAUCCCGACUGCCCCAAGCUUGGCCUGUGAGCAGCAGCUAUCAAACGGACCAUCAUCGACCAAUCAUCUCUGUUAAUAUCCUUGUUUUGUUAUGUCUGUUGAAGACUAGGGGGCAUUCCGGGGAGGGGGGGCAUUGAAGAUGUAGAAGAGACCAGAGGGUCGUUUCAUUUUACUGUUCAUAAGUUAAGAGCGACUUUAAGAACAGCUGGUGAUCCUUUCCUAUGGUAAAUGGUAUCUACACCAAAAUGUUUUAAAUGGUUUAGCAUGUAAGAAAGGUUCACCAGUCAUUCUUACAGUCGCUCUUAACUUACAAACAGCUUUAUGAAACACUCACCUGGGGGUUGUUACAUUGUACUGUUCAUAAGGUACACAAGACUUUAGUAUACAAACGACAGGUGAACCUUUCUUGUAAUGAACCAUAUACCCCAAAUUGUUUAUUGGUGUUGAUAUAGCCCCCAAGAAAGGGGUCACCAGUCAAGCGUAAAGUCGUUCGUUACUUAUGAACAGCUUUAUGAAACACUCACAAGGGGGUUGUUAACAAAGAUUUAAGUCUGGCUAGAAAUAACACUCAGAUUCCCAGUUGUGUGUGGUUUAUAAUGCAUCACAGCAUUGGUCAAAUCAUCAUGCUCAGAAGAUGUGCACUACUGGAUAUCAAUCAAUGUAAUUUACAUUACACGUGUAAAAUCAUGUGCUCGAUGAAACUUAAGCAUGAAAUUAAGUCAGGUUUGGAUCUAUGUGAACCACCCCUAGUUGAUAUAAUAACUGUUGGGCAAUGACAACUUUCAUGAAGUUAUGCAUAAACAUGCAUAAUACAACUAACUGGGAAAGAAUGAUAUGCUCAAUUUCAUUUUCUCCCUUGGUCAUCGUCUUAUUGCAUGCAAUCAACACAUUUUUACAUCAUUUGCGUUUAUUUUCUCCAUUUAUUGUGUUAAGGCCUCUCUGGGUCUUGCCAUAUCAUUUUUUUUUUAAAUGUAUAAAUGCUUCGUACUGUUCAUUGAUCAUUUAAAAGGUCAUCAGUUUACAUAUAGGAUUUAUUUGUAGUUAAUUUGCUAUCCAUCGUGUGUUCAACAAUCAGCACUUCGAUUGAUUCAUGCUCUUCUGUACUAGAGUGACAAUGAUUUACUCUUUUUAAUGGCCCUAGUCUUUAGCAGAUAAUAUUGUCACUGGCAAAAUGUUACAAAGUGCAUACAUAGGUAUCUUUUUGAAAAGAAAAUGCUUCAAAACUUUCAAACUGAAUCUAAUUUAAGUGUUUAAAGCAAGCGUUUAAAAGUUCCACAUUGGUGAAUAUCCAGAGGAGGUAGAAAUUUUCUAUGAUUGAUGUGCUUAAAUCCUUUUCCAUAUAGAUCUUUCAGAAGUUUCACUUCAGAUAUUUUUGGGAUAGUUUGGCUUCACUCUCGCUUGCAACUGAAAAAAAAAAAAAACAUACUUUGUAACAUUUCUGCCAGGCAAGUAAGUUUAUGCUCUUUUUUUACAUGUAUGUACAUAAGAAAAGAUUAUCAGCAUACGUCCAAGCACCAAAAUAGUGCUCUAGAUUUUUAAUGUGCACAACUUGGAUGGCCACUGUAUUUUCUUGAGGAUAUGGCCUUUCAAGUUGUCAUUUGUUUUUUUUAAUCUCUUUGUUUUCCUCCUGUAAUACUUAUUUGGUCAUGACAAUUACAAAUGGAGAGGGGGGGGGGUCCUGUCUUUGAUAUUGAGAGCUCUUCUGAAAGUGAUAUUUCAUGGAAUUUGUAGCUUCAUCAACAACAUUGAAUUUUUAUCCUUGUUUUCAUUAAGACAUGGGGAAACUAUUUUAUUUAUUACUAGUAUACCAUGUUAUAGAAUUAAAGAUUGGCAAUCCUCCAGAAAACAAUGUUUAAGUUGACUUUUCCACAAUUGUCGUGGAAAUUUGUGUAUCAUCUGUACAGCCUCCUUGUUAUACUUCUCUUUCAUAGCAUUUAUUCUUCAUAUGAUUGUCUUCAGAAAAGUGCCUUCUGUAGAGACACAACGUAUCUACUUAAAUAAAUGUGCAGAAAAGCAGGGGCAUUGCUAUGGGGAGGUCGGGGUAGCUGACAGCUGUAAGGGGGAAGAUCACCCCGUAUACAUUUUCAAGAAGAGAAAAAGAAAAGAUUAAGAGAUAAAAGAAUAACAAAACUGGAGGAAGAGAGAAGAAAGAAGAAUGUAAAAUAUACACAGAAGUACAAGUCAUGUCAUCUUAAAGUCUAUAUUACCCUUGUUAUUCAAUUUAGGGAAAAAGAUAUUGGUCUGGUUCUGCUCCUCGAGGAAUAGCAAGUAUACGGUAUAAUCAUCAUGCAUUUAAAUACUAGUAACGUUUACAUCAAUAUGUUAUAUGUGCAUGUUGAGCAUGCAAGCUAGCUGUUGUGUAAUUCCCUUUGCUUCAUUAUUGGUCAUUGAUACAUUAUUAUAUUCACAUCCUUUAAUCAAACUAUUGUUCUAUGCAUAGGACUGACGUUAGCAUUAACAAGAUUAUUUUGUCAGUAGAAUGACACAUUUUUCUGAACAAAGAAAGUAGAAAAUAGAAACAAGAGAUUUUCAGCACAAAUGUUUUUUUUUUUACUUGUUAAAACGUUUUAGCAGUGUAUUUUCUAUAACAGCACAUGUAUUGUGUUUAAGCAUCAGGGCAGGGGUCCCCCAUUUCUUAUAAAGCAAUUUAUUAAUUACACAACUUUAUGCAUGACUGGUGACCACUUCUUGUGCUAAAUGAUAUAUCCCUAUUAUACUAUGCCAACAUUUCAACUGCAUAGAACCAUUCAAAAUUAUUUUCUAAAUAAGAGGUAUACUCAUACAGCACACCUUUGUCUUGAAAGGUCUGUGUAUACCUCUUUUAAUCCAAACGGACAUGGUAUGUAAUACAGUAAUACAUUUACCAUAUGAUUAUGAAAAUGACAUUGAUGGUUUUCCACAAUUGACAUUGAAUUGGACAAAUCAUGAUGCUUUGUAAGACAGGGCCUUGGUCUAUUAAUUAGCUUUUGUUUUUGUUUUGUAAUGUAAUAGUAACAAACUCAAGUUCUUUCUAACAGUUGGUUUAUAUAUUGACAAAUUGUUCAUGUACAUGUAAGUCACAAAUAUAGGUUUUAUCAAAGAAUUAAGGGUAAAUUUUCAGCAGAAAUCUUCAAAUUAAAGCAAAUGAAAAAGUUAUUGCUAUCAGAUCUAAUCACAUGGUCGUUGACAGUGUUAGGGUAAACUACGAUGGUGGUGUUAAAGUAUUCACAAGAAAAGGAAACCUUGACGUGUGUAAUAUAGCAUUUGUUUGUUUGUAAAGUGCUUGUAAAUAUGUUAUAUUUUUGUUGGAUAUUAUAUUGCACCUUUUGCAUUAAAAAGAUCCAUUUCAAA